AUAUUUUUUAUUUGAAAAUAUAGGGAAGAAGAGGAAGUGUUGAUAGUAUUCCAAGGAACAAAAAGUGUUUUCUGGAACCCAAAAUCUCCCAUUAGGCACCUCCAAACCUUGACCAGAACUCUUGCAUCAAAUCAUAUAGGCAUAGUUCCAAUAUAUAUUCGUGUAUAUAUUCAUAUGCAUUUAUCCAAAAACAUAUGUAAAACCUUUUUGAUGUAAUGCUAAAUUCUGGUCUAGGCUUUUGAAAUUCAAACCCUUUUCUCAUUUUCGUUGAAGAUAGUUUGUCUAUUCUCAAAUAUUCCUUUCCCCUUUCGAAUUUUUCAUUCAACAGAUUUUGGGAUUUCCGGAAACAAUUUUGAAUUUUCAAGAGGUGCAACAUAUCAUCAAGAUUUUUCGAGGGCAUCAUGCGUUGAGAAUUUUUAUUUUUGUCUUAAUUUUAGAGAAAAUAAGGAAUACAUAUUAUGGGGUGCCUAUGUUCAAAAGGAACCGAUGUUAACGAUCACGUUGCCGAACAUGAAGCGAAGAAAGAGAAGGAGAGAAGCAAAUCUCCAGUUGAGCUGACUCCACCGGAGGAGGUCACAGUGAAAGGCAACGAUGGCUCCCGGCGUUCGCACUCCUUGUUAAAAUCGAGCUCGAGUUCUGUUCCGGCCGAACAAAACCCCAAGGAUAAGAUCAUCGAUAGGCCCGCGAGCGGACACAGUAGGCAUUUGACAUUGGGUUCAAUGAGAGGAAGAGGGAAGCAAGAGCCCGUCUCGAGUAUCACGAGUCUUCCCCAAGGCGCCAAAGGGGAGGCAGCGGCCGCAGGGUGGCCGCCUUGGCUCACUUCAGCUGCCGGUGAGGCCGUCAAAGGAUGGGCUCCGCGGAGCGCGGAUUCAUACGAGAAGUUAAAGAAAAUCGGACAAGGGACGUAUAGUAGCGUCUACAAGGCUCGCGAUCUCAAGACCGACAGGAUUGUAGCGAUGAAGAAAGUGAGAUUCAUUCAGAUGGAUCCGGAGAGUGUUCGUUUCAUGGCGAGGGAGAUCGGCAUCCUCCGCCGGUUAGACCACCCGAACGUGAUGAGGCUCGAAGCCAUCGUGAUAUCGAGCGUGUCGGGGAGUUUGUACCUCGUGUUUGAGUACAUGGAGCAUGAUCUUGCCGGACUUUUAGCAUCGACCAAGGUCAAAUUCACCGAACCACAGAUCAAAUGCUAUAUGCAGCAGAUUUUACACGGCCUUGAGCACUGCCAUAGCCGGGGCAUCCUUCACCGCGAUAUCAAGGGUGCAAACAUCCUCGUCGACAGCAAUGGGGCUCUCAAGAUCGCGGACUUUGGCUUGGCCACAAUCCUUAACCCCAGCAAGAAGCACCCCUUAACGAGCCGUGUCGUGACUCUCUGGUACAGAGCUCCGGAGCUGUUGUUGGGAGCGACGGAUUACGGAGCAGCCAUUGAUUUGUGGAGCGUUGGUUGCAUUCUUGCUGAACUCUUUACUGGGAAGCCUAUCAUGCCUGGAAGAACAGAGGUGGAACAAACACACAAGAUAUUCAAGCUGUGUGGUUCACCAACAGAAGCUUUCUGGAAGAAGACCAAGUUACCACUCGCUAGUAGCUUUAGAACGCAGCGCGUCUACAAGCGCAGCCUUUCUCAGACGUUCAAGGACUUACCCUCGUCUGCUUUGGCUCUUCUCGAAGUCCUUCUCUCGAUAGAUCCACAGGAACGGGGCACUGCUUCUUCCGCACUCAAGAGUGGGUUCUUCACAUCAAAGCCUCUGCCCUGUGAGCCAUCUAAACUGCCGAGGUACCCUUCAAGUAAGGAGCUCGAGGCCAGGAUUAGAGACGAAGAAGCCAAGAGGCGAAGAGGUGAGAGCGGUAAAGGAGGUAAAGAAGAUAAUGCAAGCAAGAUUUCAAGCAUACAGAAGGCUAUUCCAGAGGGCCAGGGAAAACCAAACACGAGCACGCAUUAUCAGUAUAAUCCAGACAGUGGAAAUGGCUUCCCUAUUGUGCCUCCCAGAGUUAAGAAUGGAUGUACUCACCAGUCCAAGUCUGUGAUCCACCCGAAUGCAGCAGGAUACUCUUGGAACAAGAAGAUGAACGAAGAUCCCGAUCAUUCAGUCCACGGCCUGCGCCACCAGCAUCCUGCAGAGCUCAUGAGACAGGGAACCGAGCUUCGUCAGCCUAUAGUAGACUCCUCAGACUUCCAUCCAAAGAAUGGGCGGAGGGGAUUGAAUAACGACUCAACAGGAUACAUGCCCAAGAGAAACAGGAUCAUUUACUCGGGGCCGUUAAUGCCUCCUGGAGGGAACAUGGAGGACAUGCUCAAAGAGCAUGAGAGGCAAAUCCAAGCAGCCGUGCGCAAGGCGAAGCUUGACAAAGUCAGGUCAAAUGUGAACAUUGAGACAAAGUGAUGAAAGAUGAGCUGCAAUUAUCGAGAAUAGAUCUACUAGACAAUGCAGCAAACAAAAAAAAAACUAAAAUGAAAUGUAUAUGGAAGUAAUUGCCUUAAAAGGAUUAAUGUCAAAGCAUAAUUUGUUGCGGGCAGAAGAUGAGAGUCGAACUAGCUGAAGGAGGGAAAGCUGGCUAAGGUAGGGUUCAAUGCUAGUCGGCAAAUUGAAGUAAAACGUACAAGUCUAUGAGGAGAUUUAUAUUUUGGGCAGGGCAGGAUAAGUUUUCUAACACUGUAGAAAAUGUAAUCAUCUUAUUCUUAAAUAAAUAGUUUCUAACUAGAAAAAUAUAGAUUUCUAAGUGUAGGAUGUCAUAUACUGUUACAAAACAGCAUUUUCUCUGUGUAACUAUUCAACCAAAACACACAAUUCUGAAUAAUCCAUGCCAACAAAAGUGUAGCUUAAAUUUCGAAAAGUUUCCUAGUAAAGGUUUUGUCACAA